CCAUUUUCUGCACACGAGUCGAGAAGUUUGUGGAAAUGCAAGAAAAUAUGAAGAGCCCGCAUUUGAAUGGUUAGAGAUGGACUUUGUGGACUACAAAUAACAAAAUGAAUCUACCUCGGGCAAAGACCGGGAAAGUCUAGAAAAGGAAAGAGAGCAAAUAGCUGUGGAAAUGACGAAGUGGACUCCAGACAUCAUCUUUGUUGAUGCUGCUAUGAGCAGCACUUAUUUUUUGAGAAGACAAGUUGUCAUUGAGGAGGAGCCACCAGUGUCACAAAUGAAAGUCCGAUGGCCAGCACUUUUCACAGAGAGAGAGAUCAGCAAAGAAUUCACCAGGCUUGUGUCAAAGGACCUGAGCAAGUCCUUUUUUGAAGGCCUAGAUGGUCAUCUCCCAAAGCUCAUACAGUUAUUCAGGUCAAAGCGUUCUGAGGACAUUCCAGAAAUGACUUCAAUACUGGAGAGCCUUCAUAAGGAUGCAACAAACCAAAGGAUGAGGACAACAGCAUUGCUCGGCCUGCCGUGGUACAUGCGAGAGACUACUUCAAAAUUCAUGAAGAUUUGCGAGCCCAGUGACCAUGAAGAGGAUGUGAUCAAGGAUGUAGUGAUUGGAAUCCUAGUGGUUGUGGAAAAUGUGAUGGAACCUAUCCCAUCGUUCUACAAUGACGUUGUCCUGGUGAUUGAGGAAGAAGUGGUAAUGCGUCACCUGAGGGAUAUACCCAAUGCUUUUCUGAACCUGAUGAGCCUGGUGCAUGCAUUAAACCUUGACUACCCAAAGGAAUUAAAAUUCACUUGUGAAGUGAUACAGCACCUGUUUAUUGGACUUGGGUCAGACUCGGACUCAAUUGCUCUUUGAAGAGCAAAUUGCUGCGAUAAGGCAGAAAACAAAAUCUUCGGUUUAAUCAUUGUACCGUUUAAAGUUUUAAGAGCAGUGUUGUUUUAGAUCUCAUUGUUUUAAAGGAAUAGUUCACCUUUAAAAUGAAAAUUCUGUCAUCAUUUACACGCCCUCUUGUCAUUUCAAACCUGUAUGACUUUCUUCCGCAGAACACAAAAGAAGAUAUUUUGAGGAAUGUUGUUGACGGCCCCCAUUCACUUGCAUUGGUUACAAUAGAAGUGAAUGGGGGGCCGUGCUGUUCUGUUACCAACAUUUUUCAAAAUAUAUUUUGUGAAAAGUAAGUCAUACAGGUUUGAAAUGACAAGAGGGUGUGUAAAUGACAGAAUUUUCAUUUUAAAGGUGAACUACUGUCAUAAGUGGAACGUUGGUAUUGAAUUUUUCUUACCUUGUCCUGCUUCAUCUUUCCUUGUCAUGUUUCAACGACUGGGAAUUGAAGACACAGUUUAAUGUCAAGUUUUAACUUCUUAUUGUGAGUUCUUCAUGUACUGCAAAUGUCGGAUAAAUGCAAAAUAGUACAAAUAACUCUCAUUGUCAUUAAGAUGGCCUUGUGCAUGGAGAAGUUUGCAUGUUUGUUUGAGCUGUUUUGGCUCGAAGAUGGAUUUCUGCAUAGAGAAGUUUGCACGUGUUUGUGUGAGCUGUUUUUGUAUGAGUUUUUUUUCUUGUUUUUAUAUUUUUGGAUGCAAUGUAUCUGUUUACAAAAUAAAUGCUGAGAGUUUAAAUUUUGCAGUUGUGUUGAUUUCUUUAAAAAAUCUGGUUCCAGAUAGAUAUCCAGAACUUCUUGUCAAAGCAAUAUAGUCAAGUUAACUCAAAUAGUUAAGUUAUGGUGUUGAAGACGAAUUACUAUUUUAUGUCAAUUAGACUUUGUUCAUGGUUGUGUGAACAUGAAAAAUUAAGUUCAAAUAAUAUGUUUUUCAGUUGACUUAACUAAAAAUUCUAAAUGCUCAUUAAUUGAUACAGUACGUUGGCUCAAUUUACUACAAGUUAUUUCAACUACUACAUAUAAGUUAAGAGAACUUAAGACCUAAUGUUUGCCAAACUUGACUGAGUCCAUGCAACAAGAUGACUUGACUAAGUCAAGUUGGGUCAGCUGAAUUGUUUCUCAUCUCAUCAUGUAAGUGUACUAUUUUAAUACAAGUAUAAUUUGGCACUAGAUGGUCCUACUUUUUAGUUUAUAAAUGCAUACUAGUAUACUUUCAGGGUAACGUCAGUAAACUGAUUACAAAAAAAAUUUGCAACAAGUUUUUACUGUACGCCGUGGGUUUUCUUUAAGUGAACUUAACAUAAUAUUUAGUUUAUUAUUUGUGC